AUUUGUGUUUGUUAUGUAGCUUUCGACUGGUGGAGAAACCGUUCACACAUUUUAAACACCGAUUCCCAACAAAUUCAAAUGUUUUGCCAACAUUUCGUAUUAGAAUAGUAGCACAGAAAAUAAGAAGCGGUCGAGGAAUUGUGCGCGACCCCAAGUGUAUUAAACCCCUUCUGACUUCAACGACCACCCGAGUUCUCUAUUUUCUAUGUAAAGCGACGAGCCAAAGAGCCGAAAAAAACGAAAAGCCCGUCAGAGGAGGACCCGAUGUGCUAGCUAGAGAGGCCAGGUCCACAGCCACAUCCAGACGAGACCCAAGGAACAGAAAGAAGAAGAAGAAGCCGCCCAGCCAGUGAGUCAGAGAACCGAGAAAGGAGCAGUCAGAUUCCAGACAUGUGGUCCGGUCGCUACAAGACGCGUCCGCAGGUGCGGCUGCCCGUGAUCCACGAGCAGAUCGCGAUGCAGUGCGCCCGGAACAUAGUGCGUGUGGCCUCCGCCAUGCCGCAGCCGCAGCCCCGCUGCCCCUCCGGCCAUGUGGCCGUGCUCGUGGAGCUGCGCCGCGUCGACGAGCCGACGGUCCACCGCUACCAGGUGAAUGUACCGUCCGCGGGCUUUCCGCCCAUGGAACCGCCGGGUGAGGAGGGGCAGCGCCUCCAGCAGCUGGUGCUCCCCGGAACCCUGGAAGCGAUGGGCUGCAAGCUGCCCCAGCCGGAGCGGCCGCCGUGUCCCAUGCACGGACGUACCGUCUUGGAGCCCUCCAGUGCCACCGACAGCUGGUCGCCGGGCUCCCACUCCGGGCCACCGCCGUUGCUGAUGUCGCAGAGCUCCAUGCACGUGGUCGGUGGUCCAAACUCCCUGGACUUCACCACCUUCAGUGAGCCCGUGGUGACUGCCGAAUCGCCGGAUGGCAUUCGGGCGCACUUCAUGGCCAGUCUCUACCAGCAGCAACCCAGUCCGCUGAGCUACUCGGACAUCUGGGUGCAGGAGGGAGCUCCUCCCCCCCCGAGGGAGAUCGCAUCCCACCUCCGCCCGCAGCUGUGCUUGGGGGAGAACAACGAGUAUGUGGCCAGCAAGGAGGCCAGGCCCAUCAACGGGGUCAAGGCGGCUCCCAAGAGGCCUCCAGCAAAUGACCCACGCAAGAUGGCCGAACUGUGCCUGGACAGCAACGGAGAGUACGUGCCCAAUGAGCAGCUGCAGCGUACUUUCAACAGGACUUCGAACUCGCACCCAAUCCACGACGGAAUGCGGAGGGAGCAACGCUACUAUGGGCAACAUCAGAGCCACCAGGAGAAGUCGCCGACCAAGGGACUCAACGGCUUCAAGGACGACCUCGGCGGCUAUGGUUACGUCGGCAAGGAGGUCGGUAAGCCCAGGAACGGCUACAAGGAUCAGCCGCUGGCAUUUCCGGAGCCAGGGAAUGUCCUGCGGCAAGUGCAGCCGCAGGAUCCGAGCCAAAUGCUGGGUCGCGUGGCGAUGAUCGAGCCGCGCGUGCGCCAGAAAGCGACCUCGGAGCCGCAGGACAAGCCGUCCUUGCCCAAUGUACCAGAAGUGGCUGCGCCCUCGGAGCCACCUCCGACUUAUCCGCAGGAGCUGCAGGCGCUCUUCCGCUGGAACUACUGCGCCCUGUGCCACACGGUCAUGCGGACGGAGCGCAAUGCGGUGGACCACUACUCGUCGCGGGCCCACGAGCGCAGGAUCAGCUCCUGGCUGGUGCGCCAGUUCUCCGCCGGCGGCCAGGCCCGUCAGGAUGUGGCAGCCGCCAUUGGCGUGUCGGAGGAGACGCUGCAGAACAUGCGCACCGCUCGCCCCACGGACUUCUACUGCGACCUGUGCGACCUCAAGCUGACCUCGCUGAUGCACGCCCAGCAGCACUUCUUCGGGCGCCGCCACCGCAUGGUGGCCCGCCAGAUGACCAAGCCGAACGGCGAGGGCUUCUACGACCCGGAGGGCAGGUGGGUGCGCACCGACGCCAAGUUGCUCAUGUGCGAGCUGUGCGACGUGAGCAUCACCUCGGAGUCCCAGAUGGCCAUGCACAUGGCAGGCGCUCGUCACCGGAGGCGCGUGCACACUGUUUUUGCAGGGGGCUCCGCCGGAGCUCUGACCCUGGGCGUGGGCCCCCUCCUCGCCCCCUUCGAUGACGGGCGCCUGUUCCGGGUGAACGCCAACGGAUCCCUGGCCCCCGCCCCCCUGAGGCCCUUGGGCCUGCAGAUCCUCCCAGCCCCCCAGCCGCUGCCCCUGAGCGAUCCGAGUGCCGCCUUCUACUGCGAGACGUGCAACAUCACGCUGAACCACGUGAAGUCGCUAAAGCAGCACGAGCUGGGGCGCAUGCACCGCCGCAAUCUCCACCGGCUGCCGGGACAACCGGUCUUCUAUGAGUGACCUGACGGCGGCCUGGCGGACUGAGGGGAUGGGAGAUAUCAGACGGAGAGCAGAGGAAGGAACCGCCAAAAGGCACUAGUCAACCAGCAAAGUGAGGGAGGUGCGGGGAAGAGAGCCUUUGGAUACCGCGAAUUAUAAAAUCUGAAGUCCGGAGACCAGGAGUUCCCGCACCCACUCACCCACCCACCGGCGGAUUUUCUUGCUGAGCUGUGUGUUAUUUGCAAUUUAUUUUUGAUCUAUCUACUUUUUUUUAUAUGUUUUCUAGUAGUAUAAU